AGGGCGGCAGCCUACGCCGCCGGCACCUCCUGCCAAUCCAGCAUGGCAGUGCACACGGUGAUCGGAGUGAUACUUGUCGUCUGGACCGCCCUGGCCGGGCGGUCCGCGGCGCAGCAGCAGCAGCCGGCCGCCCUGCCCAGCGCCACUGCCGACGAGAUGUUCAUCAUCAUCGCAAGAGCAGUUCAGCAAGAGCUACGGCCAGUCAUCAGAAGAUUCGAGUCUCGGGUGGAGUCGCUGGACAACAGACUGACUCUACUCGACUCUCGAGUGACGGAACUUACGACCAGUAUUUUGAGAAGCAGGCAGAGUGAGCAGAUGGAAGAGCUGUCCACUCAACUGACUUCAAUCACUGCCAGACUCGACAGCCAGCAGUCGCAACUGAGCCAGCUCAACACCCAGCUGAACGAACAAAAAUCACAUCAAGAGGAGACUGCAACCACAGUGAAUAACGUCACAGCGCAACUGGAUAGCAUCGUUACACAGCAAGGAGAUCAACGGCUCACACAGACGUCUCAACUGGCUACAAGGAUCGACAGCCAGCAAUCUCAAUUGAGCGAGCUCAACAACCAGCUCAACGAACGAAGAACGACUCAUGGUGAAGUUUCAGUCAGAAUGGAUGACCUGACCUCCAAGGUUGACCUCCUAGGAUCCAAGCUGACCGGAGCCAUCAACAACACUUCAUCCCAACAGGAGCGUAUUGAUGACCUAGCUGCUAAGGUAAAACAGUUGGCCCCUGCACGUGAUUGCAGCGACCUGCCUGUCGACUCCCCAUCUGGUGUCUACCUCCUUCGACCCAGUGGUAGCAGCACACAACCACCCAUCGAGGCCUACUGUGACAUGGCCACUGCCGGAGGGAACUGGACGGUGAUCCAACGACGAGACGAUAUCAAGCCCCACCAGGACUUCUACCUCGGAUGGACCUACUACAAGGAGGGCUUUGGUAAUGUUACCAAAGAAUUCUGGUGGGGCUUGGAACACGUUUAUCAGCUAACGUCAUCGGGCCGACAGUUCGAACUCCGUAUUGACCUGGAAGCGUUUGACGGCAAUAGAUCAUACGCUACAUACCAACAGUUCCGUAUCUCGUCUGAGGUGGAUGGGUACAGACUGAGCUAUACCAACUACUCGGGAACUGCCGGGGAUGGUCUGCGGCCGAGCGUCAAUGCGAAGUUCUCUACCCGUGACCGUGACCAGGACUCGUAUGGCUAUAACUGUGUACAGCUCCGUGAGGGGCCCUGGUGGUGGGGCACUGGCUGGGGGUGCGAGGACAGCAGCCUGAACGGACGGUACCGGGACGGCGGUAAUAGGGACGCGACUGGAAUAUGGUGGUACGAAUGGAGGACAUAUGAGUCACUGAAAAAGGUCGACAUGAAAAUCAGGCCCACCUAACUCAUCUACACACUGAGCAGGACAUCACAGUGGUGUAGAUACGUAUACCGAGCCGGUGUCACGGUAUUUACUCGAAUACUAACACUGUAGUAUGGGUUAGAGUGUGAAGUUCUUACUUACUCACGUGACGUUGUACGAGGGUGCAAUUCGGCGCUUUUCUGUGGAUGAAAAGAAGGUAUGCUGUGCGAUUAUCUAUAGAACUCAAUACACGUGUCCGUCGGUCUCUCUCUCUCUUCUGGAAUAUUUUCUAGUCACUGAAGAAAACCGAGAUAAAAUCAGACCCACCUAACUCAUCUAUACACGAAUGAGAACAUCACAGUGGAGUAGAUACCCCGGUGAGACGUGUACCG